AUGGCCUCCAUGAACAACUGGUUAGCCUUCUCUCUCACCCCACAGGAUCAGCUCAAUCCGACUUCCCAGCCAACCCACCCCACCGACUCACCGCCCGCCGCUGUUGCUCGAUUCAUCACGGGCGACGACGUCCCCAGCGACUGUUACGGUCUCUCUGCCGACACCGCCUCGGAGCCUCCUCUUGCUAUCCCAACCUUAAUUAGGCCGGAUGCAUCUUACGGGAUCUUGGAGGAUUUCAACAGGAACAACCAUCAACCCCAAGAUUGGAACAUGAAGGGUUUGGACUUCAAAGGGGGAUCGUCUGAGCUAUCAAUGCUCGUCGGAUCAAGCAGUAUCAAGAAUAGUAAUAAUAUGGCUGAUGGUGAUGUGCCGAAGCUAGAAGAUUUCCUCGGAGGGAACUCUUUCGCCGACCACGACCAUCAGAAGAUCUCUAGUGGUCUCCCUGGGAACUAUGAUAGUUCUUCUGGUGCAUACUUGUUCUCUAACUCCUUUCUCCAAGUUACUGAUACUGCAAUGGUAACGACAUCUAAUGGAGGUUUAAUGAGUGGCACCAAUGGUGGUACCAACACCAGCACCAUUGGGCUUUCGAUGAUCAAGACAUGGCUCCGAAACCACCCGGCCCCGUCGCAGCAGCCGGAAAAUAAUAAGGCAACGGUAGGGAACAUUAAUGGGGGAUCGGCUAAUUCGCAGAGCCUAUCGCUUUCCAUGAGCAUGGGCUCGCAGUCGAGCUCGGCAUUGCCGCUCGUCACGGUGGGAGCGAGUGGAGGUGGCGAGAGCUCGUCAUCGGAGGGUAAGCAGAAGGCGAGUGGGGGCGGACUUGAUGCACAAACUGGUGCAAUAGAAACAGCUCCUAGGAAAUCAAUUGAUACUUUCGGGCAGAGGACUUCGAUCUAUCGCGGCGUUACAAGGCAUAGAUGGACAGGGAGGUAUGAGGCUCAUCUUUGGGACAACAGUUGCAGAAAAGAAGGCCAAUCCCGCAAGGGCAGGCAAGGUGGUUAUGACAAAGAAGAUAAAGCAGCUAGAGCUUACGAUUUGGCUGCUCUCAAGUACUGGGGUCCUACUACUACAACAAACUUCCCAGUAAGUAACUACGAAAAGGAGCUCGAGGAGAUGAAGCACAUGACUAGGCAGGAAUAUGUUGCAUCCCUGAGAAGGAAGAGCAGUGGAUUUUCUCGAGGGGCAUCUAUCUAUCGCGGAGUAACUAGGCAUCACCAGCAUGGGAGAUGGCAAGCAAGGAUAGGGAGGGUUGCAGGGAACAAGGAUCUCUAUCUGGGCACUUUCAGUACCCAAGAGGAGGCCGCGGAGGCGUACGACAUCGCGGCGAUAAAGUUCCGUGGGCUGAACGCAGUCACCAACUUUGACAUGAGCCGCUACGACGUGAAGAGCAUCCUCGAGGGCAGCACCCUCCCGAUCGGUGCAGCUGCGAAGCGUCUCAAGGAGCAGCAGGCAUCGGAGAACGGGGGGGAGGCCAGUCUCAUGACCGACGCAUUCAGCGCCUACACCUCCCAGCAGCAGCAGCAGCACCACCACCACCACGGCGGAUGGCCGACCAUCGCCUUCCAACAGCCCCAGCCCUUGGGCUUCCACGGCCACUAUCCGUACGGGCAAGCUAGGGUUUGGUGCAAGCAGGAGCAAGACGCUGCUGCGGCCCACAGCCUCCAAGACUUCCACCAACUCCACCUCAGUAGCACCACCACCCACAACUUCCUCCAGCCGGCAGCCGCGGCGGCGGCGGCCCUCCACAACCUGAUAAGCUUGGACUCAUCAUCUCUCGAGCACAGCACCGGGUCAAACUCGAUCAUCUACAACAACAACGGUAACGUGAGCGCGAGCAGCGGGAGUUAUCACGGCGUCGUGGGUGACGGGCACGGCGGUGGAUUCAUGGUGCCGAUAAGCACGGUGGUGGCCGAUCACCAGAGCCACCAUGCCACUGCUGCUAACCAAGGGAGCUGUACUAUAAGCAGCUUCGGAGACGUCGACGAAGGGAAGCAUAUGUUGUAUCAUGAGAAUAUGUUUGGGAAUGAUCCGGACCCGUAUGCCGCUAGUAGAAACAGUUUCUAUCUGUCGCAGAAUUCACUAUUGGCGGUCGGAAAUAAUAACUGGAUGAGUAGUACUGCGGCGGCGGCGGCGGCCUCGACACAGGCGGUGGCCUCGACGCAGGCCGUGGCCUCGAGGGCUAACAACAACAACAUGGCCGUGUGCAAUAACGGAGGAGCACCUCUUUUCACUGUGUGGAAUGAUGCAUGAGUUAGAAGGAGAUCGAGGGAGGAGGUUUAAUUUAUAGCACUAGAGAAUAGAGAAGUUGAUACA